UUUUAAGAGUUUUGGUUUCACUUCCUUUUAUUUCCGUUCUUUUCCAGCCACAAAAACUAUAACUAAACGCUAAAGAAGAUGAAAUAUCAAGCUUUUGAGCUUACCAUUUUGGUCUCUCUCUCUUUUGCUUCACUCGCAGCUAGUUUAUUUCCAAACAUAACAGCUAAUCCGCCAUGGCUACACCCAAACGCCACCUUUUUAGCCCCAUGGGAUGCCUUCAUUAAAUUCGCGGGUUGCCAUUCAGGAGAGACACGACAUGGUUUGUCUAAGCUCAAACACUACUUUAGCAACUUCGGUUACAUCCCCAUCACUGCGCCUAAUUUUAGCGACGAUUUUGAUGACGAGCUAGAAAAGGCCUUGAAAACGUACCAGCAGAAUUUCAACCUUAACGUGACCGGUCAACUGGAUGAUCAGACUCUUCAACAGAUCGUAAAACCGAGAUGCGGUAACGCCGAUAUAGUGAAUGGGACGACUUCCAUGAACUCCGGUAAAUCGCCAUCUUUCCACACCACUGGACACUUCCACACGACGGGUCAUUAUAGUUUCUUCCCGGGUACGCCACGUUGGCCUGCCAACAGGAGGGACUUAACGUACGGUUUCUUACCUGGAAACGAGUUAACAGACGAGAUAAAGGCCGUUUUCUCAAGCGCCUUCCAGAAAUGGUCCGCUGUUACGCCGCUGACCUUCUCUCAAACGGAUUCAUUACUCACUGCCGACAUCAAAAUCGGUUUUUACAGCGGAGACCACGGAGACGGAGAGCCAUUUGACGGGGUUUUAGGAACUUUGGCUCACGCGUUUUCUCCUCCCAGCGGGAGGUUCCAUUUGGAUGCGGAUGAAAACUGGAUCGUUUCGGGCGACGUCAUGAGGUCAGCUGUGCCGUCGGCAGUAGAUUUGGAGACCGUGGCUGUCCACGAGAUCGGGCAUUUGUUAGGGCUGGGGCAUUCGUCGGUGGAAGAUGCGAUUAUGUAUCCGACAAUCACUUCGAGAACAAGGAAAGUGGAGCUAGCAAAUGAUGAUAUAGAAGGAAUUCAAUGGUUGUACGGUAGUAAUCCUAACUAUAACGGUUCCACCACGCCAACUUCGACUACUGAGGAAAGGGAGACCAGCGGUGGUGAAAUCCGUUACUUGGCUUCACGGUGGACCCUUGCUGUAUUCUUGGCCGUUGGAUUUAGGGCCUUACUUUUGUAGAUUACUUAAAGAUUAAACUAGUGUUUAUAGUGUUUUUUUAGUCAUUUCCGCCAAAUUGGGUAGUAGCAUUUUAUUCCUUGAGAUGCCAUUUUUGCCUCCACAGCUGUACCUCUGUUGUUAUAUGGAAUAUUCUUAUUAAAGUCAGCUUCCAA